AUGCCUUCCCUCACUCGAGUAAUAGUGGCCCCUUGCGUGUCAAAAUCAUGCAUAGUUUCUUGAACGUGGAGGCUUUAUUUUCUUCACCCACCGUUCCGCUCUAUGCUUUUCCUCGUUCUUAUCACUAACAUAGAAACUGGCGUUCAAACCAAAUCUCAAAUACUGAGACCCUCCAUCUCAAUUUGCACGACCAAAUGGAGAAGUCUCUGCUCUUAGCAAUUUACAUCACCAGCUCCUCCAUCGCUUUGCUUGCAGCGAAGAUCUUUAUAUCCCUUCUUCUCUACAAACGAUGGAGGAGAAAGCAAAGGGUUUAUGAAGACGGCUUGUCGGGUGGAAAGAUGGUGAUGUUCAGGUCGCCGGCAAUGCAGUCUCUCACAUCGAACUCAUUCAUGAAGAAGAUUCUGAAGUUGAGCAACAAGGAUAUCAUCGGUUCGGGAGGCUAUGGGACGGUGUAUAAACUGAUGAUCAACGACUCCAUGGCCUUUGCGGUGAAAAGGCUCAACAAGGGGAGUUCGGAGAGAGAGAGGGGAUUUGAGAGAGAGUUGGUGGCCAUGGGAGAUAUAAAGCACCGCAACAUUGUGACCCUCCAUGGAUACUACACUGACCCUCGCGACAAUUAUCUGAUAUAUGAGUUCAUGCCUAACGGAAGCCUUGAUGUAGUUCUCCACGGAAGAUCGACGAACAAGACAAUAUUGGAUUGGCCAACGAGGUACAAGAUAGCUGUGGGCGCUGCAAGAGGAAUUUCCUAUCUCCAUGAUGAUUGCAUCCCGCAUAUAAUUCACAGGGACAUAAAAUCAAGUAAUAUAUUGCUGGAUCAGAAUAUGAACGCACGAGUUUCUGAUUUUGGACUUGCCACGCUGAUGACAGCAGAUGAGACUCAUGUUUCGACAUUUGUAGCCGGAACUUUUGGAUACCUAGCUCCUGAAUACUUUGAUACACUGAAAGCAACAACCAAAGGAGAUGUCUACAGCUUUGGAGUUGUUCUGCUUGAACUUCUGACUGGGAAAAAGCCGACAGAUGAAACGUUCGUGGAGGAGGGCACCAAGCUUGUGACAUGGGUGAAGUCGGUAGUAAAAGAGAAGAGGGAGGAAUAUGUGCUUGACCGCAGAUUGGAAGAUUGUCCAGUUGACGAGAUUAACAGUGCAUUUGCUAUCGCAUUGAUGUGCCUAGAGCUUGAACCGGCUAAAAGGCCUACAAUGGCUGAAGUUGUCAAGAUGCUCGAGCAAAUAAAAUCAGAGAACAUUGUUUAAGAUCUUUAGCCCCCAUUACUGAUGUAUUCUCAGAGAAGCUGUCAUCUUUUCUGUUUGGUCCCAAAGAUCGGCUCAAAUGUAACAACAUUCCUGUCAUUAACCAGGAAAGAGCUUUCCAACAUCAAAUUCUGUAGCAGUGUGGGAAGAAAGAAGUACAAGGCCGUUCCACUAA